AGCGGGUAAACGCGUGCAUACACAACGCCGAACGCGGACCGCGUCGGUACGUACGCUCCGGUGCCGUUGUCGAUCCGCGCAAAUUCGCACUCGUCGCCGUUGUCGCGGAAAACCAUGUCCGGCAAGUACACCAGCGAGGCCAGCCGUCUGAUCGCCGAGGUGCACCAAAGGCUCGAGCUCUGGGACCGGCAGCACCCGGACCACCACAACAGGACCAUUCUGGACCGGCGAUGGGAGUCCGUGGCCGCCACGCUCGGCAUUACCGGUAACUAUCGCGCGUCCGCCCGAAUUUCGGGUAUCCGCGCACCUAGGUACUCGCCCGAGGACAAUACUCACACGGUAACGCAGUGGCGCCCGCGGGCGUUACAACAGUUUCCGUCGCAUUAAUUACCGCCGUGUUGCAAUUCGUUGUUGUUAUUGUCGCCGUCACAUUGUUUUCGCCGUGUAACGACAUUGCGCGUUCCAAUCGCUCCGGACGCGCACACGCGCACGCACCGGCCCACGCGUUGCCGCGGCGGCGACGUCGGUGUUGUUGUGUCUGACCGGCCGACCGCCACCACCCACCUCUACCGGUUCCUACGGCUCCCUGACGCCACCCACCUCGCCCGUCUCGCCCGUCCCCCUUUACCGGCCGUUGCGCGCCACGACGACGUUCGAACCAGACGCCGGCGGCGACGCUGACGCGUUUUUACAAGAGGCGGCGUUUACACGCGGCUGCGGUCGCGGCCGCUGCGAGCCGCGACGGCGGACGGGGCCGCGUUCAGUGCGCGUUAAGAAGCGCGCGGGGCGCAGCGGACGGACGAAAAGACGCGUGCGAGCCGUAGCGCGUGGGCGUAAUGUUACACGGCCAUGCCGAUCCGGCGGCCGCCGCCGUUUGGUAGCGACCGUCGCGAUUGUCCGCCCCGGCGUGGUCCGACCGACCGCGCGCCGAUCGCGUACAAACAAAUCGGGUAACCGUCCUUUUAGACCGAAUCGCGCGACCGUACGGGACGCGAUACGUCGGGUUUUUUUCGCCGUUCGGUUUUAAAACGCCCGCGGGACGACCGGGUUACGAUAAAUACCGCCGAACGGCGAACGGCGGAACAACCGUCCCGCGCGAAUGUCGCGGAUUUUUCACUCGCGCCGCCCGACUAUUUGCGAUGAUUUCCAUGUACGAGGAGGUACCUACGAAUAAUCGCCGUUUUCGAAAGUAAACGUUCGUUUAGUGGACGUGUGAAAAAAUGUCGAUUUCCGUUACGGUAAUAUUUUAGCGUCGCGGUAUCACGCUAGAGCACGCGAUACGGCGCGGUAAGUCAGAUUCGCGUGUCCGUUGUUAUUACGCUUACAUACCGCCGUCCAAUUGAUAAUUCGAUUUCGGUAGGCGCUGAUUUUCGUAUAAAAAAAAAAGCGCGUUUAAAAAGACUCGAAACGUUUACUGCCGUACAACCAGGAAUCAAGACCGAUUUACGCCAAACGGCAUUUCCGUUUUCGAUUAGCCCCGAAAGCGUGCGUCGAUCGCGGACGAUUAAAGUUCGUUUUGCCCGGCGUUUAAAUUGGUUUUUAUUGGAACGAAUUGUGAACGUGCGCGGCGCGACCCAGUGGCGCACUAUUUUUUGUGCGAACGAGAGGAAUCGGUAACUGAACUAACCCCACCCCCCUCCCAUCACUCUCGACAUUUUCGCCUCGCCUACGCCAUUGACCGGUAAACCGGUCGGGACACUGGCGCAAUGUCGCGCGCCGAAUGAAACGCCGUCGGUCCGCCGGCUGGCAGCAUGGCGCGUCCGCAAUGUGUUACUCGAAAAGCAGAUAAAUAAUCAAUCGGAAUUGUCGGCCGGCCAGUCGGUCAGUAUAAUCGCGCUAGUCGCUGGUCGUACAACACGACAACAAACAAUGCGCGAUGCAGUAAUUAUCAUUGCGGUACGGUUACAGAUUAUCGUACGAGAGGUCAAAAUUCCGUCCGAUUUUCCCAUAAAAAUAACGAUCGCCGAUACGCGGAACUAUAAAUCAACCCGAAACCCGUUGAAAUAAUAUAAACGCCAGACGCUACGGCUCGGGACUAAAUUUACAAAACGCGAAAACUGCGUCCGGUACGCGUUCUUUAAUUAUUCAUUAGAAAACAAAAAAAAAAAAAAAAGACGACGAUAAUAAUAAUAAUAAAAAGGGUCGUUUUCGAUUACUUUUUUUUUUUUUUUUUUUUUUUUUUUUUUUAAUAAGCGUUUUGAAAUCAAAUUUAAACGAAAAUUGCAAAAUAAAUUACGGCACUUCAAAUUACGUAUUACUUAACUGCACUCGAAAUCGUCUUUCAUCAAGCAAUGGCUUACCCUUGCUGACAGAUAUAAAUGAAAUAACCUUAGUAUCCUACCUUCCCAACUUCUCACCUACAACAGUGGCCGCUCUCAUUUCCAGUAUCAGUUCUUUUUUUUUUUUUAUUUAACGAUAUUUUAGGAAAAUGUAAUUACAUUAUACACACCUGCAUAUUUAAAUUAUCUUGUCCAUGUUUAAGAGAGAACGUGUCCUUCAGUAGCGGCAUGCCCAUGAAUUUUGAAUGCAAAGUGAAGGGAAAGGAUUUGUAGCAAUUAUAAUCAUUAAUAAAUCGUAUAAUCUUCUCUGGUUAAAUCGAUUAUGAGCAUUUGAAAGUCAAAUCCAAAAAAUGAACGGACCUACUUCGCACGAUGGAUGAAUCGCUGUUGUAUAGGUGAGAAGUUGAAAAGGUAGGAUAUAGAGAGGAAUUUAACAUGUAUAUCUAUCUGUACACAACAAUUUAUCUUUGCUAACAAAAAUCGAUUCUGAAUACAAUUCGCUUAUUCAUGUUUUAAAAGGCCGUGAUAUUUACGAUUUGAAAAGAAUACAUUUCGUAUAUUUUCUCGUUUUUCCAUCAAAAAAAUAACUCCUCUAAAAUACCAAAAGUACCACUCCACUUACCUUUUCAGAAGAAGUGCUGCACUUGAAAAUCGGAGAAAAAUUUCUGGUAGAAAAAAAAAUUAACAUCAUUGUAAAACCAAUAAAUUCCUCGCUCCGCUCAGAAUCUAAAAGUAAAUUUUUGAUCAAAAAAUCAUACUUUCCCUCGUAAAAGUUGUAACUUUAAAUAAAAUUAUAAGUGCUAUUUUCAAGCCCAUAGGGUAGACAGUGGCAACAAAGAGGGGGGUGAGGUCAACCUCUCCCUAAAUGUCUUCCUUCACUAGAUUUUUUAAAAUCAACUUUUAAAUUCAAUAACAAAAUAAAAUACAAUUUAAUUUAAUUUAUUCAGUUAUAACAGUGAUAGUAAUGCAGAUUACUUAUAAAAUGUGCUAUCCACUCUUUAGGAAAUUAUUAUAAACAAAACCCUCUCCGAAAACAAUCCCGCGUGCGCUACUGAGAAGAAAUAUAAUCCCUAACUUUUCCCCCCCACGCAUGCCACCGUAUGUGAUACACCCCGACUCUUUACAAAUUAAUAUAUAUAUGUAUAUAAUAUUUAAUAGUAAUACAUUAAAAUUAUAAUAAUAUAUAGUCAUUGUACAGUUUAUUCGAUAUCUAUAGUGGAUUUUAUUAUUUUCGAGUUGAUAAAUUUUCAUUUUUUUUAAAUUUGUGAAUAUUUUUUAUACGUUAUACGCGACUUCUUAAGUAUACAGGCUGUGUUACGUUCUCUUAAAUUCUAAUUUAAAUCUUAACGCCAAGAUCUAUAUAUUUUAUUCUUAGUGGAGUAAUUUUACCGUGUUGCCCGUUAGUCGAGUCAAUACAUGCGAUAGUUUGUCCAAGGGAAAGGUUUCCUAAUUGUAUACCUAAAACAUCGUGUUCUAGUCGAUAAAAAACCAUGACGGGUCGCGUAUUUUUAUAAUAUAAAACUGCUUAGCCCGAACUCUGAUAAGGUAUGUAAAUACGCGUCCGACCACGGAAUCUUUUCUCCGCGCCGCCACCGUAGUCCGAGUUAUCCGCGCAGGCCUUUAUCUCGACAGUUUCGUACGCUAUUCGACUGAAAUAAUUUACGUAACCGAACGCCAGGUAACAUACCGGCCAACUCGGUAUGCGACUAAUACGUGACCAAAGACACGUUGAUACGACUGCUCGGUCCGAAUUAUUGGGACCUAAAGGAAUGUGUAUAUUGUACUUAUUACUGCAGCACAUUUCGAGUACGAGGACUGUGUCUUUGCGAUCAAUAGAAUCGUUACAAUUAUUUGUUCUUCGAUUUAUUUCCCACGUCGAAAAAUCGAACGCCCAAAUUCGAGGGGGCACGUGCCCCCUGUAGAUUCUUUUUGCCAGUUCGUUCUUUCUGACACUAGUUCCGAACUAUGUUUUCCUCAUGCGCAUGGUUUUAUAUUGAAAAUUUCUACGCAUAGACGUUCACGUAGAUAUUGUAAGUAUUAUAAUAAUAAUUAUGAUGUUUGUAGUUCCUGGCCCCGAUCGCGAAGUGAAGUAAGAAAAAAAAUAAUUAUACAAUUUUGAAAACAGUUCAAAAACUUGAAUGAAUUUUUUAAAUCGUUUAAUAUAGUAUAUAUUGAAUAAAUUAAUAUAAUAUUUCGAAUAAAUUUAAUACAACAUUAACAAAAAAAAAAAAAAAAACACCAGCGAGGAACAGAGCUCAGCUACUAGAUUAUAAUCGUCCCCCGCUAAUUUUGUAUCUUAUAUUAUAGGAAUAUUCUUAAAUAUUACUGAAAUUCUAUCAUAAAAUUAGUUGGGGCCGUGGCUGAUAGUUUGAUCACCCAGAAGGCAUAUCCUUGACAUAAACGCAAUACAUGUAAAAAUAUUCAUUGCCAUUGCUUCAUUUUGGAGGGUCUGUUGGGGUGUUGAAAGGUUCUUAAUAAAAUUUAACUCUCUCGAAUUUGAGCUAUUCGAAGUGUAUAAAGUAGCGGGGAAAAGACAUAAAACUGACACAAUAUACUACAACACCAUCUAUUUUUUUCCAUUCAAAUUUACGCCUAAAUUUACCGUUUAUACUUGGUAUUCUUUUUAAACAUAAUACGCUAAUAGGUUUUAGAUUUUAGCUAUUUGAGUAUGUUUUUAAGUAUGUUUUUAAAUAUUCAAUUUAUUAACUAUUUAAAAUGGCACUAAUUACGCGUGGGUCACGCGUAUUUUCGUGUUUGUGUAAUUGAGCAAUCAUUUUCGCAUUAUUGUCACAGUACUUUUUUUUUCUGGUAUUUUCGUAAUUUAAAUAAUUGUACCUAUUGAGUUUUUUACUCGGAUGUUUCUCCAAACGAAUCGAUCACGUUAUUUUUUAAUCACCCGAAAAAUUAUAGAAAUCGUGUGCCAUAAUAAUAUUAUGAUUCGAAUGAUGCAUUAGUAUAUUAUUAUAAUCGAUUGAACGCGUGAUUUCAGACAAAGCUGCCAGAGGGAAAUGGAAAAAUUUAAAGGAUCAUUUUCGUAAAGAGUACAAACGGUGUAUGGCCAUGGCGGGCGACCAGGACGGGUCCAGGUGGCCGUAUUUUCAUUCCAUGAUGUUUAUCAGAGAUCAGAUAUCGCAUACGGCCACUGUAGCUGCGAAUCCGUUAUACUUGUCCGGGGGUUUCCAAUAUCCUCCGGGCAUUUACCCGGAAGUGCAGAUCGGCGGUGACGGAGACGGUUCGGACGAAGACAACUGCAAUAACCCGUUAAAUUGUCUGAACAUCGAGUACGACAAUCAAAAUACGGUCCAAGCGAUGAAUUCGAACGAGUAUUCGAAUUAUUACCAAGACGAAAACAUCUCGGACGACAAACAUUUUUUGUUAAGUCUCCUGCCCAUUUUCUCGACGCUUUCACCGGACAAAAAACUCAAAGCCCGCAUCGCUAUCGAAACGUCGUUGCUCAAUAUAGCCUAUCCGGAUCUGAACGACAAGUCUGCCCGCCUACAGGACAAUCAAAACGGCGAUGACGGCAUUGCCGUACAAAAAUCUACCGCAAAAGCCGAAAAAAGAAAACGGACGCCCGCAGAAGACGUUGUCGUCGUUGAUGAAAAACUAGUGCGUCUAAAGAACAAACGUAAUACCGGCAACACGAAAAAUAUUGUCGAUAAUAUCAAAAAGCAAAUAAAUUGUUGAUAUCACCAAUUAUAGUAGUUAUAUACAACCUAUGUAAAUAACCUAAUAAUUAUAAGAUAAUAUUAUAUAUUAUUAUUACGUUUCGUUUGAUAAGUUAUUGCGUUUGAAUGUUACAUGAAGAACAAAUAAGCUACACAAUAAUAUUAUCGUUUGAAAUAACGUUUGAUGAUAAUGUUAUGCUGAAUACCAUAAAAAAUAAAGUAAUUAUACAAUUAUUAUUCAUAAUUAUGUUUGCCGUAUUCUUCUUCCUCUUCUUCGGAGUAAAAAUUGGGCGUGGUCGGUUUCCCUCCAA